GCCACCUGUCAGUGUCCAUCAGUGCCAGCUCUCAGUGCUCUUCCAUGCCACCUGCCAGUGCCCAUCAGUGCCACAUAUCAGUGCCUACCAGUGCACAUCAAUGCCACAUAUCAGUGCCCAUCUGAGCUGCCUUUCAGUGUCGCCAGUCAGUGCCACCUAUCAAUGCCAGUCAGUGCUGCCUAUCAGUGCCCUGCCUCCUCAUCAGUGCCACCUAUCAGUGUCCAUCAGUGCAGCCUAUCAGUGCCCAUCACUGCAGCCUCAUUAGCACACAUCAGUGAAGGAGAAAAAGUUUUAUAACAAAA